UAGAGGGAAAGGUGAAGAGUUGAUAAGAAACUGGAGACUCCCCCCAUUCCUGUGUCAAAAGAAAAGGCAAAGGCUGAGAGCAAAGAAGUAAGGAAACAAGGAAGAAUACUCUUCUCCCUCUCUCUCUCUCUCUCUUUUUGAAGGGGAAUUAGCAAUUUAGCAUUCAAAAUAGCAAACAGGGCAGCAGAAAUUAAAGCAUAAAGCAAAGGUUUUUAGGAGCAAAGGACCUGUGAAUGGUGUUGGUAAUGGUGGAGCUCUGCCCAUGGUGGUGGUGCUGACAUAAAAGAUUCAUUUACUUUCCAUUUCUUCUUUCAACUCUCUCUUUCUCUCUCUUUCUUUCUCUCUCUCUUUCUUGCUUAUACACAAGAAAGAAUCAAUCAAAACUUGGUUGGCCCAAUUUCUUCUCUUCAUGCUGUUUUUGUGUAAGCCUUAAUUAGCCUCUUCCCUAUACGCUCCCACCAAUCACACUUGCCUCUUUUCCCAUCUCCCUUCACUGCCUCCUAUAUAUAUAUAUAUAUAUAUAUAUAUAUUCUUGAUUGAUCAUAUCAGAGAAUUGCAGACACAACAAUGGCAGUUCAAGCUCAAUACCCUUCCAAUGUACUCUUCUUCAACAGAAGUUUGCAAGAUGGGAAGAAUCCUCUCACUCCUCUCGGGAAUGAUUAUUCUUUUCAAAAUCAUGCCGCCGCCGGAGGCGGAGGCGUUGGUGGAGGAGGAGUUAUUGAUCAAACGCAAAUCCGGUUGAAUCCUGCAGAUGGGAGUAAUUCGAGGAAAAGGGCGAGAGAACAUGAGAUGAAUCCGUUGAUGUCAAUGCAAUCGCAGCAGCCUAAGAUUAUUGAUCUCGCGCAGUUACAUGCCUCGCCGUCGCCUAAUGUUGUUUCCACCGGGUUACGAUUGGCGUUUGGAGAACAACAAACUCAGCAAUUUCAACAACAACAACAACAAAGCUCGCUGUCUCCUCAAUCUUCACAAUCUUCUCUGUUGUUUUCGGCAUUAGCGGAGGAUUUGAGCACGCAUUUCAAACACCAGCGUGAUGAAAUCGAUCAAUUUCUCCGAGCUCAGGGAGAUCAAUUGAGGCGGACAUUGGAGGAGAAGCGGCAGAGGCACUACCGCGCGCUGCUGGGAGCGGCGGAGGAGUCGGUGGCGCGUAAGCUGAGGGAGAAAGAGGCGGAGGUGGAGAAGGCGGCGCGUCGGAAUUCCGAGCUUCACGCCCGCGCGGCGCAGCUGAGCGCGGAGGCGCAAGCGUGGCAGGCGAGAGCCAGAGCGCAGGAAGUCACGGCGGCGACGCUGCAAGCUCAGCUACAGCAGGUGAUCAUGAACGCCGGCGCCGUCCAGGAGAGAGAAGACGGAAAUUCGCCGCCAUGCGGCGCCGGAGGAGACGCGGAGGAUGCGGAAUCGGCCUACAUUGAUCCGGACCGAGUAGUUUUGUCGACCGGGCCGAGCUGCAAGGCGUGCCGUAAACGAAUCGCCUCCGUGGUGGUGUUGCCGUGCCGCCAUCUUUGCCUCUGCGCCGCCUGCGAUGCGGUGGCUCAGGCGUGCCCGCUUUGCCUCUCCGUUAGAAGCUCCAGCGUCGAGGUCUUCCUCUGUUAAAGGCCCGGCCCAUCUUCAAAUACUUCGGCCCAGUUUAACAAUGGCCCAAGUCCAAUUUCGUUAUUAAAAAAAAAAAGUAAAAUAGCACCCGAAAAUGAACAAAGAAAUAAUAUUGAAUAUAUAUAAAAUAAUAAAUAUAUAUAUUUUCUUUGAACUAAUCUUUUAUUUUCUCUGCAAAAAGAAAAAAAUAUCCAUGUCAAAUUCUUUUUUUUUUUUUUGAGAACUUUAGAGGUGAUGUACAUUGUGUCAUGGGUCGAAGUGACAAAUGCCAUUUUUUGGUUUUUUUAUCUUUUAAUUUAAUUCAUUUACUUUAUUUGCUUGUA